UCGGCUCCCUUCAGUCCGCUUCAAGUGUUCAACGUGGUAAUAUGGCUGCGCAAAAACUCCAAGUCACCAUCACUGAUGGUGACCCAGACAGAAGUGAUCUGGUCGGCGGUACAAUGCUCUCCUCCUGGGAUAUCGUCAGUGUCGCUGUCUACUUCCUUCUGGUCAUGGGCACCGGUAUAUAUUCUAUGUGUCGCCCCAACAGAGGCACCGUGGCCGGGUACUUCCUCGCUGGCCGUUUCAUGUGGUGGCUGCCUGUUGGGGCGUCACUCUUCGCCAGCAACAUCGGCUCCGAGCAUUUUAUUGGCCUAGCCGGAUCUGGAGCCGCUGCUGGCAUCGGUGUGGGCGCCUUUGAGUUUAACGCCAUGGUGUUGUUACAGCUACUAGGCUGGGUGUUCCUGCCAGUUUUCAUCGCCAGUGGGGUGAGCACGCUGCCAGAGUAUACAAAGAAGAGGUUUGGUGGGCGCAGGAUCCAGACAUACCUGGCUGUUCUCUCCCUCAUCCUUUACAUCUUCACUAAAAUUUCGGUCAACUUGUACUCAGGUGCCAUCUUCAUCCAGCAGGCUCUGAGAGUGAGCAACAUAUACAUGUCCAUCAUUGUACUGUUGAUGAUGACUGCCAUGUGCACCCUUUUAGGGGGCCUUGCUGCUGUUAUGUACACUGAUACACUGCAGUUCUUCAUUAUGAUUGGUGGAUCCUUAUAUGUAAUGAUUGAAGCCUUUAAAAAAGUUGGUGGGUAUGCAGAACUACAGACAAAGUAUCUGGAGGCUAUUCCUGAGAAAAUGAUAGAGAACUCAACAUGUGGACUCCCUCGUGUUGACUCGUGGAGAAUGUUGAGAGACGCUGACCCCUCUGUCAGUGAUAUGCCCUGGGUUGCUUUCUUAUUGGGCCAGAUGCCUGUUUCCAUCUGGUAUUGGUGUGCUGACCAGAUGAUGGUACAGCGUGUGAUGGCAGCUCGCAGCCUUUCACAUGCAAAGGGCGGCACAAUUUUUGCUGGCUAUGCAAAGAUUUUGCCACUUUUCAUCAUAAUCUUCCCAGGAAUGAUCUCUCGUGUGCUAUUCCCCAACGAAGUGGGUUGUAUUGUUCCAGAGGAGUGCUACAAAUUCUGUGGUUCAAGGGUAUCAUGCAGCAACUCGGCUUACCCUAAACUUGUAUUGGAAUCCCUGCCAAGUGGCAUGCGUGGCGUCAUGCUGUCAGUAAUGCUUUCAGCACUGAUGACUGACCUUACAUCCAUCUUCAAUUCUGCAUCUACACUCUUUACAAUGGACAUUUGGCCACUAUGUAGACCAAAAGCCAAAGCAAAGGAGCAACUCCUUGUGGGAAGGCUUUUCAUCAUAAUUUUAGUUGCGUUUUCCAUUAUGUGGAUUCCCAUUAUCGAGCGGACUCAGGGCGGACAACUGUACAUCUACAUCCAAGCAAUUGCUGCUUACUUGGCCCCUCCCAUUGCAGCCAUCUACUGUUUGGCUAUAAUAUGGAAAAGAAUUAAUGAGUCAGGUGCAUUUUGGAGUUUAAUCACUGGCUUCGUAAUAGGAUUGGUUCGUAUGAUUUUGGACUUCUUCUAUGGUGAACCAUCCUGUAGUGAGGAAGAUUACAGGCCUCUGAUUCUGCAAAAGUUCCACUUCAUGUACUUUGCAACAUUCUUGUUCUGGUUGACUGUUCUGAUAGCCUUCAUUGUUAGCAUGAUCACCAAGCCCCCUCCAAGCUGGAUGCUAAUUCGAACAACAUUCUUCACUCGCUAUGACCAAACUGACCGUGAAGAUGAUAUUGAGCUGAGGGAGAAGGCUCAGAAUGAACUUCUGCAAGACAGAUCACAAGAUCCAGAUAACCAUGAAGAAGUUCAGUGUAAGCUGUCGUGGUAUGUACGAGCUUAUAAUUGGCUCCUGGGGUUUGAUGACUCAGAAAAAGCACAGAACUGCGGCAGCCUUGGCCAUGGCUAUCUUGUGGUUCUCGAAAUAAAGAUAAGUAUUUCAAAGCUACUCAAGUCGAACAAUAGCCUGCAUAUCAGAUGGUGACUAUCCUUCACACAAUGAGCUAACCAAAUGCAUUGCUGAAAUUGUUAUACUGGUAACAGUGGUGCUUACCUUUCUCUCCAUUAUUAGAGGAAAAUGUUGCUCUAGUAUGUAUAGAAGACUUGCUGAUAUUGUUGCUAUAGUUUUUGACAAAAGUUAAAGCCCACUUAUGCUGUUCUUUUGCCUCAGUAACUGCAGAUUGGGAAGCAGGAGCUAGUUCUCUGUAAAGGAAAUAAGAAACAAGUGAAUGCUUAUGCCACUGGUAAAUGUAGUGUAAACAACGCCAUUUAAUAAUAAUCAGUCUCAUGUGCUGGUUUCCCAUUUCUCAAAUACAGAACUUGCAAAAAACUUAGCAGUGAAUAGUGUAAACACAGAAGUUUGUGGAGACAAUGAGAGCCAGGUCAGCUAACUGGCCCAACUAGCUGCUCCACAGACUCAACCUGCAUUUAUCUAAGCUAAUGCAACUUAUUGCAGCUGUUAAGUAUUUCAUAGCAGUAUUUUUUUAUAAUUUUAGGCUUAAUACAGUGUACUGUAUAGGUUUAGCUUGGACUCAUUGCAUGAUCACACAGCAUUUAUUCUGAUGCAAAAUGUAGUAUUAAUAUCUAGACUUGGGCAUGUGAACUAUGACUAGCAUGUUGGUCUUACCUUCUCAGUAAUCAGAACUAAUAUGGGAGCACUGGAAUACUUCAUAGCAAAGGGUAUACUCCUAAUGUACAAAUUUUAAUGUUGAUGUUUGAAGUACAGUGUGGCUCCAUAACAAAAACGACUGAGGAGUUAGUUGCUUAUUUGAAGAGAUGAAGUCAUACUGUAACUGUACAAUACCUGUACAGUAUUUAUUUCCCUUGAACCUUUAACCCUUAAGCCCUGGGUUAGGGUAUUGGUGGCAGUACCCCCACCCGGGGUUAAAUCGAGAAAAAUCAAAUUUUCCAAAAAUAAUUUUUAACCCUUUAAAAUGAUAGAACAAUAAAAAAUAAGUAAGAAAAACUAUAUAUUGACCCUUGAGAAAUUUCUCUGGCCGCGCAGAGGGAGGUAGGAGGGGGAGAGAUAAGGAGAUAAUGUUGGUUUGACAGCUGAUGCUCGUGGUCCCUCGGCACUUAGCAGCUAUUUUUAGCUCGCCGUUGUGUCCGAAGUGGCCAAUAAUAAUGUAGGUAUUUACUGAUCUUAAUAAUUAUUUGCUAUAAAUAAUUCAUUUAGAAUAUUUUAUUUGCAUAAUUUUUCAUAAAAAAGUGCAACAAUCACCAGUCGGUUGCCAGUCUGCCUGGCUGUGUUUGUGUUUAGUAGAGCAAGUAAUGCAUAAAAUAAUAAUAAUUCCACAAAUAAAAACAUUUAUACCAUAAUCAUAGCAUUGUUUUACAGUAAUACUACCCUACAAUACAACUAC